AUGAAUUCCGAAAAGUCCACCAAAAAAGAUAAGAAUGUCAAAAAAAUUUCCAAGGCCAAUGCUCAGGUCAUCGAAAUUGAUGCGGCUGUCGACCAAGCGCAUAAAAUGUUCCAUGAACAUGAAAAAAAGCGCACCGCCGACGAACAGGUCGACAAACGGGUUCGCAACAAGAAACUGAUGCUCGAUAUUAUCGGGAAAGAACGGAUUGCCGAGGAGCGGUCGAUGGUCCUCGCGCUUCGCAAGGAGUUCCUCAAGGAGGAGCAGCUCGCUUUCAUGGAGCACGAAAAGCACACCGCGUGGCGGCACCUUGCGGACGCCUCCGACCUCCCCGACGUCCACAAGGAGAACGAAAUCAACACCUUUCUCAGCCUCUGGGAGGAUAGCGAGGCCGCGUACGACGUGGCCGUUCCCGAGACCGUCGUGAUCGUCUCCCAACACGCGCCCGGGGAGCCCUAUGAGAAGCUUUUUAUCCGUGGCGAGCAAGGCCUCUCCGCCGGGCGGCGGCAACGUUUCGUGCAGGAGGAGCUCCGUCGCUGUUUCAAGGCGUAUCAGCUCGCGGAGGCGAUCAAAAUCGCGCGGGACGCCGCCGCGGCGCGCGGGGAGGUCGCCGCGGUGGCCUUCCACAACGGCACCCUCGCGAAGGUCCACGCGCGGUUGAUGGCCGCGCUCGAUUUCGUCACCGUCACGGCGCUGCUGUAUUACGACAAGAUCAUCCCCGACAGCGCCGCGGAGACGCUGAGUUGUUUGAUCCCGGAGCCGACCCCGGUGUUGAAGUAUGGGUUGUGGGUGAAGGUGAAGAACACGACGCGGACGUUUAACUCGUUGAUUUACCCCAAACUGGAGAUCCGGCUCGAUCCGAAGUUGAACGGCCCGCCGAAGCUCCCGAAGGCGCUCGGGAUGAGCCGGGAGAACGUCGCGUUGCGGGUGAUGCAGUUCGCCUUCGACCCGUUCGACGGCCGCGCGUGUGGGGCGCGGCGGGAGUUCUACGCCCUCGCGUGCACGCUGACGGGGAGUUUGCUCGAUUUCCUCGAGCGCCCCCGGGUGCAGGAGCGGUGGGCCGUGCGAAGUGAAACCCGCGAGGCGCACCUCCUCCACGAGCAGCCCUACCCCCCGCCGACGACCGAGGCGAGGCUGGAGGAGACCGCCUUCACCCUCUCCUUUGAGGUACCCCCGACGAUUAUCAUCCGACAGCCGACGCUGCUGAUCGGGAAGUGGGUCCGCGCCGACGCCGCGGCGACGGAGGACCCUGCGGGGGGGGGGGGGAAAGAAAAAAAAAACGAAACCGAUCAAACCGAACCCCACGGCGGCGCCGGGGAGUGGGAGUUGUGCAGCCACGCGACGUUUGGGGUGGGGUUGCCCGGCGGCGGCGGCGGGCCCCGGCGGGCGACCUUUCUCACGAGCGAACUCGCGCAUUUUGCAGUGUUGCAGAAAAAAACGUUCGACGCGCCGUACGCGGGGUGGAAUCUGCAGCCCGUGAGCUACGAUCGCGUCGUGCUCACCUUGCAAGGCCGCUACCGCGGCGAGGCGAGCGAUCGCGAGUUCGUCCUCCUCGUCGAGGACGCCGCGUGCAAACUGCUGACGCCCGACGACGCGGAGUUGGAGCGGCUGCGCGCGACGUGGAUGGAGCCCGCGACGCUCUUCCGUGAGCUCGCCCAGGUGGGGUUUCAUUUCAUGCUCGACGACAGCGAUGCGAGUUUUAUCGAUGAUUUAAAACCCAAAAACCACGCGCUCGAGGCGAAGGCCUACGCCGAUAUCGCGCAUUUCUGCCAGUACUACAUCUUCGCGAAUACCCGGCACAACAAGUACGGCGAGGAUCCGGAUAUGGCGCUUUUUCGAAUGUCGAAGAAGUGCCGUGGGGUGGACGAGGAGCGGAAGGUGUUUCAGCUCUUGGAUACCACCGAGGAGAGCUGGUAUAGCGUGCGUUAUCACCGCGAUCGCUGCGUGCUGAGUGCGUUUAAGGAAUCCGAGGAGGUCGCCAACCUCAGUGCGCUCGACGGCUGCGAGCCGCACUUUGAUUUAUACACGAUGUUGCUCCCUGUCAAAGGCGAAGAAACGAUGCGGGAGCAGUUCUCCAACACCAACUAUCUUCUUCGCCGUUGUGUGCAACAGAUUCUGUCGAUCAUACGUCCUCUGACUUGGGGUUGA